AUGGCUCUAAGCUUUUGUUCAAGCUUGGGCUCAUCACUUCAGCAUCACAACCUUCAAGAGUUAACAGAAUAUCCACAAGGCGACAUAGAGAUAGGAAACGAUCAGCUCUUUGCUUGCAAUGACAACAUGAUGUUUUCAGAUGCUUUCAUCAACCCAUUGUAUGAGGUUGAGGAGCAGCUAGUUUACUCGGAUAGCUACACCGAUCUCCUCCCAUACUUCUCUUCUCCUUCAGAUAACAUAAUCUCGCUCUCCCCCGAAAUCUUUCCUCUCCAAGAUUUUGAGUCCUACCACUACCUGAAACGCCCAAAAACCUACACAGAUCAUUUCAUCUCAACUUUUGAACCGAAUUUCUUCGAAGGAUGUGCUCCGAAUCCCAAUCCAAGACUCCCAGAAUUAUUUCCAGAAAUCCCAGCCCCGGAACCUAAGUUUCAGGUUCCAAUAACCUUUAAUGUUGGGAGGACUGAUCAGAGUGUGAUGAAUUCAAAGAAACCAAGUACUGGAGUGAGCUUGUCUACACAGAGCAUCGCUGCGCGUGAGAGGAGAAGGAAGAUAACCGAGAAGACACGGGAGCUUGGAAAGUUUAUUCCUGGUGGGCAUAAGAUGAACACUGCAGAGAUGUUCCAAGCUGCUUCCAAGUAUGUCAAGUUCUUGCAGGCUCAAAUUGGAAUUCUUGAACUCAUGGGGUCAACCCAGGAAAACAAAGGGCCAAUGCACACACAGGAACUUCAAACUCUCCUUGUAACAUCUCCAACAAUUCAAGAGAAGUUGUACUCAGAAGAGAAAUGCUUGGUUCCAAGAGAUUUUGUCCAAACCAUUGCUAACGAUUGCCAAAUCCAAUCAAAACCCUUGAUCAUUGAGGAGAUUGAUCAGUUGUUGGGGGGUCAAUUGCUUGGAUAGUUGAUAGCAGUUGGAUCAGUCAAGAGGGUGCAUUUUUUGUGUGCUUUUUUGCU